AUGACCCAACAACAAGAGUUCUUUUUAAAGAUAUUGGAGGAUAGAGAUGCCAACAAUCGCAAACAUGAAGCGGUUGCCGAGAAUAUAACCAAUGUGGGAUCUGGGGGUACCGAAAAUGGAAUCCCAACUCAAGAGCUGGAAACGAUUGAUGCAAGACAAGUGGGAAGAGUUUUCUCCUACAAGACGUUUCUAAGCUGCAAACCACCGGAGUUUGUGGGUGCAGAUGAUCCCGUGGCAUGCAUGAACUGGCUUCGAGAGAUUGAGCAGGCCUUCCGGGCUUGUGACUGUGAUGAAGGACAAAAGGCGAAAUUUGGCUCUCAAAUGCUAAGGGGUGCGGCCCUUACCUGGUGGAACAUUGUCAUAUCAACCAUAGAGGCCCAAGAACUAGCCAAGAUGAGUUGGGCCACAUUCAAGGAGAAAGUAUUGGAGGAAUAUUGCAAUGAACAAGAGAUGGACCACAUCGAAGAAGAGUUCCGAACCCUAAAGAAGGGAAACUUGUCUGUGAGGGACUACACACGACUCUUAAUGGAAAAACUAAAUUUGGUGGGGCAUGUGGCCCCAACGGAGAAAGAAAAGAUGAAGGCUUAUUUAAAAGGGUUGCCCGCAGACAUGAUGGUAAUGGUCAGGAAUUCCAGAGCCUCCACCCUUAGGGAGGCAAUCAAAGAGGCAAAAGUCAUGGAAACGGUUUAUGCUAAAGGAAGAGAAGAGAAAUCGACAAGUGGCGAGAAAAGGAAGUGGGAAGGUCAUUACGCACCUUCCAAGAGACCAAGUCACCUCAACAACAACCGGGGAGUUUAUCCUAAACAAGAGGCUAGAUGGUGCUCCAAAUGUCGUACUAAGCACCACGGCCCGUGCACCACCAACCCUACUCCUGCAAAAUGUUUUAAAUGCGGGAAGCCAGACCACACGCGAAAUGAGUGCCCUAUCAAAGGACCCAUCUGUUUUGGAUGCGGAGAGCCGGGUCAUUUCAGGAAUGACUGUCCGAAGAUGAAGGAUGGAGGGGUCAGGGGAGAAAAGAAAAUACCCCAAAAUCAGUAG